UGUGGGCAGUGUGGACGUGAUCAUAUAAAAAGGCUACAGUACAGUCAGCUGUGGAAGUGGGCCGAAGUGCAUCCAGACCAGAGGCGGACGGAACACAACUGUGCGUGUAGGCAACAUGACCUCAUUAAUGUGGGGACUGCUCUGUGUCAGUGGCAUCCUGGCAUCUGCAACUCGGGGAACUUUCCCACAGUUUGGGUCACGCAACCGGCAGAUCCACUCAAUUAGCCCUUCAAUCCCACGAGUUUCCCCGCACGGCCCUCCAAGGGUCGCCCAGCGCUUUGAACAUAUCAAAUCUAUUGAACAAACCUCUGACGAAGUGUCGAGUGCUGAAACUUUUCAAGAGGUCCAGCGGGGCGGUUCCACAGCGCGAGCCUUCCAGCAGCAGCAGGGUGCCCGAACAGGUGCUAACAACCUGGCGCAGGAGAGGAGAGCGGACAAUGGAGCUGGUGGCACUAAUUCUAGGUUUAAUCGCUAUCAGUCCUCCCAUCACCAGCCGUCUUCACAGCUGCAACACAACGCUGCACCAUCUGUGUCCUGGCAGCCCGCUCGAAAUUCGAGUGGCUCUCUUGCAUCCAUCAGAACUGAAGCAGCAACAAGAGCGAAUUGCAGAAAUCGUCCUAUAGACCUGGUCUUCAUCAUAGACAGCUCCCGCAGCGUACGCCCUGCUGAGUUUGAAAAGGCCAAGGAGUUCCUGCAGCAUAUGGUGGAAAGCUUGGAGAUCGGCUCGGACGCCACGCGGGUCGGCCUCGUCAAUUAUGCCAGCACAGUGCAGAUUGAGUUUCAACUAAAGACGUAUUUUGCCAAGUCUGCCCUGAAGCAUGCCCUGGCCCGUGUUGAGCCCCUCGCUUCAGGCACCAUGACAGGCAUGGCCAUCAAGACCGCCAUGGAGAAAGCUUUCACCGCGGAGGCAGGGGCCCGAGCUAGCUCGGCGAACAUUGCCAAAGUAGCCAUCAUAGUGACAGACGGGAGGCCCCAGGACCACGUAGAGGAUGUAUCAGCCGCAGCUCGCGCAUCUGGGAUUGAGAUCUACGCAGUGGGAGUAGACAGAGCGGAUAUGGCGUCCCUGCGCCUCAUGGCCAGCCUCCCACAUGAUGACCAUGUCUUCUAUGUGGAGACCUAUGGUGUCAUUGAGAAGCUCACUUCCAAAUUUAGGGAAACCUUGUGUGGUAAGGAUGAUGAUAAUGGGAGUGCGGAUAUUCCAUUAAAUGGCGGAAUUGAUGAUAAAGGCCUAGGCAUAGGCCUAAAUAAUGAAAAUGAGGAUAACGGAAACAACGGUUUGGAUGCAUGUUCUCAGGGACACAACUGCCAGCACAUUUGUGUCAACAAUGGCAACUCAUACAACUGCAAGUGUCGCAAGGGCUAUGUCUUGAACCCGGACAAGAAAACUUGCUCACGUUUAGAUCCAUGUUCCCAAGGACAUGACUGCCAACAUAUCUGUGACGGCAAUGAUGACUCGUACAUCUGCAAAUGUCAAGUGGGAUAUGUGUUGAAUGCAGACCAGAAAACAUGCUCACGUUUGGAUUCAUGUUCCCAGGGACAUGACUGCCAACAUAUUUGUGUCAGCACUGAUGAUUUGUACAUCUGCAAAUGUCGAAUGGGAUAUGUUUUGAACGCAGACCAGAAAACAUGUUCACAAAAGAACCUGGACUUUUCAGGUUCAGAUCCAUGUGCCCAUGGACAUGAUUGCCAUCACAUUUGCAUAAACAGUGAUGACUCUUACAUCUGCAAGUGUCGAGUGGGAUAUAUUUUGAAUCCAGACAAGAAAACAUGCUCACGUUCAGAUACAUGUGCCCAGGGACAUGACUGCCAACAUAUUUGUGUCAGUACUGAUGACUCGUAUGUCUGCAAGUGUAGAAUGGGAUAUGUGUUGAACGCAGACCAGAAAACAUGCUCACAAUCGGAUGCAUGUGCCCAGGGACAUGACUGCCAACAUAUUUGUGUCAGCACUGAUGAUUUGUACAUCUGCAAAUGUCGAAUGGGAUAUGUUUUGAACGCAGACCAGAAAACAUGUUCACAAAAGAACCUGGACUUUUCAGGCUUGGAUCCAUGUUCCCAUGGACAUGAUUGCCAGCACAUCUGUGAAAAGAAUAAUGACUCGUACAUCUGCAAAUGUCAAGUGGGAUAUAAGUUAAAUGCAGACCAAAAGACGUGCUCACGUUCAGAUACAUGUUCCCAGGGACAUGACUGCCAACAUAUUUGCAUCAGCGAUGAUAACUCGUACAUCUGCAAAUGUCAAGUGGGAUAUGUUUUAAAUGCAGACCAGAAAACAUGCUCACGUUUGGAUAUAUGUACCCAGGGACAUGCCUGCCAACAUAUCUGUGUCAAAAAUGGUAAUUCUCACCAUUGCACAUGUCAUGACGGAUAUGUGUUGAAUGCAGACCAGAAAACAUGCUCACGUUCAGAUCCAUGUACCCAUGGACAUGAUUGCCAUCACAUUUGCAUAAACAGUGAUGACUCUUACAUCUGCAAAUGUCAAGUGGGAUAUAAGUUAAAUGCAGACCAAAAGACGUGCUCACGUUCAGAUACAUGUUCCCAGGGACAUGACUGCCAACAUAUUUGCAUCAGUGAUGAUAACUCGUACAUCUGCAAAUGUCAAGUGGGAUAUGUUUUAAAUGCAGACCAGAAAACAUGCUCACGUUUGGAUAUAUGUACCCAGGGACAUGCCUGCCAACAUAUCUGUGUCAAAAAUGGUAAUUCUCACCAUUGCACAUGUCAUGACGGAUAUGUGUUGAAUGCAGACCAGAAAACAUGCUCACGUUCAGAUCCAUGUGCCCAUGGACAUGAUUGCCAUCACAUUUGCAUAAACAGUGAUGACUCUUACAUCUGCAAGUGUCGAGUGGGAUAUAUUUUGAAUCCAGACAAGAAAACAUGCUCACGUUCAGAUACAUGUGCCCAGGGACAUGACUGCCAACAUAUUUGUGUCAGCACUGAUGACUCGUAUGUCUGCAAGUGUAGAAUGGGAUAUGUGUUGAAUGCAGACCAGAAAACAUGCUCACAAUCGGAUGCAUGUGCCCAGGGACAUGAUUGCCAGCAUAUUUGUGUCAACAGUGAUGACUCCUAUAUCUGCAAUUGUCGUGUGGGAUAUGUGUUAAAUGCAGACCGGAAAACAUGCUCAAGUUCGGAUGCAUGUGCCCAGGGAAAUGAUUGCCAGCACAUUUGUGCCAACAAUGGGAACUCUUACAUCUGCAAGUGUCAAGUGGGAUACGUGUUGAACAUGGAUCAGAAAACAUGCUCUCGUUCAAAUGUAUGUGCUCAGGGACAUGACUGCCAACAUAUUUGUAUCAACAACGGUGACUCAUACAACUGCAAGUGUCGAGUUGGAUAUGUGUUAAAUGCAGACCAGAAAACAUGCUCACAGGAAAUGAGAGGUGAAAUAACUCAAGAUGCCUGCAUGUGUGAAGCUCAGAUUGUGUUCCAGAAAAAAGUACAGUCAACCAUACAGGAGCUGAGCAGAAAACUUGAUGAACUUUCAGACAAAGUGAACCUGAUUGAGGGCCAACAGCAGUAUUAAGGACAGUGAUGAAGACGUCAGAAGACAUGUUCAGGACUAGCAAUGUGUCCAAUUCUUUUGACCAACAGAAGUCAUCUGUAACCCUCAAAAACUCUUAAUGUUUCAGUAAAAAUGUUUGGUAUUGUUCUGCAUGGUAUUGAUUUUUCAUGCAGUGCACCUGUUUUAUAUUAUAAAACGUGCAUUUUGCAUCCACAACACUGUCUGUUACUUAUUACAGUAAAGUCACAAACAACUGGUGUUAACGUUUACAUAUACUUGUAUCUUUGUAAGAAAAGCUCAAUUUCUUCCUGGCAGUGUAAACCAUUGAGAUGAGUCUCAAACAAUGUAAGAUAAUUAGGGAAGUUUUGGAAAAUGGAGAAGUGCAAACUUCUAAAAAGAAAAACAAUGUAUAAACAUGUCAAAAGUUUACUUUCAUAAUGAAUGUUUUUGGUGGCAAAAGUGUUGUACCACAUCCUUGUUGUGUAUCCACUGCUCCGAGAGCAUUUCUUGGUCAGUGUUCUUGAUAGAACACAACAGAACAACUAAUCUCUUAUACAACAAGAGCAUUGUUGUUACCCCUCUGAUUGCAGCAUUAUUAUGCAAAGAAAAGACCAAAAUCAAGCCUGAUCUAAUAUGGCCCUGGUAUUGUUACAUCACAGUGAUUACUAUAAUACUUUUCUUUGAUACCAGAAAGAUUGCAACAACUAUGUUGGUUGGUAAUUAUUUGUUUGUAACAGGUCCAGGGCAUGUACAAUUCUUUUAGGGGGAGAUGGAAAACAGUUUAGGGAGUUCAAGGUUUAUAGGACCGCUUCAAUACUCUGCACACUUGGCAAGUCUUGACCAAAGUCUCUGGUAGCAGUCCUAGCAAUUAUAUACUAUUUCAAUGCACUAAGUUUUGAAAUUGAGAGAUUUUAAGAUCCACUCAGUUUUUUGCAUCCAGGUAUUUUACUGCACAGUACUUUCUUCAUACAAUACACACAUGUACUGUAUUUUCUACUUUGUCAUAUAUCCAUGGAACACAUUAAAAAGAGUAUUUGUGGUGCAAGGUCUUUGUGUAAACUGACAGUUAUGUGCAUAGCCUACAUAUUAUGGUGCUUUUGUGAUAGAAAACGUGUCUGUAUUUUUUUCUAUUGGGUGUAUAGUUGCACAUGGAAAAUAAAUAUUCUAAAAGAAUGGAUCCU